AGCCAAAACCCUUCCGCUUGAUUGUUUUCUUACUUGCAGAAGGAGUUCUAGGGUUAUUCUCUGUUUCUAGUCAUGGCGAAAGAGAGAGUUAAACCUCUGAUGUCAUCCUUCACUUCAAAAGCUGAAGUAUUUGCUGCUCUACUCCCCAAUGGAGUCUUGAAAGUUUGGAACACGAGUGAUGGAAAUCUAUUAGCCGAAUGGAAGCAACCCGAUGGAGAGUCUGAUGCUCAUUUUUCUUGUAUUGCAUGUAGCUUUGUUGGAAAAAAGCGCAGAAAAGAAAAGGGUACCUGUUUGGUGGCACUGGGAACAGAUGAUGGUGAGGUUUUCACUAUCAAUGCUACUGCGGCUGAAAUGAAGUGGAAAUCUUCUGGACAUCAUCAUGGAAGAAUUGCUGCUCUCUCUUUUGCAAAUAAAGGACGUAAACUUUGUGUUAUUAGUACUGAUGGCGCAACCUGUGAAAUGAACUCCGAAAGUGGAGAACUUUUAAAAGAAACAAAAAUUUCGAAGAAAUAUAUAUCUUCGGCUGUAUAUUUUUCUGACGAUAAAAUAUUAGCUGCGGCAAAUACCAAGAUAAGAGUCCUCAGUUUAGAAGAUGGGAAAGAACUACUGAAGUUUUCUACAGAUGAAGGUCCAGUGCGGCAUAUAUCUAUGUUGGAGGAUACAAACCUCAUUAUUACAUCAGGAUUUGACGACAAGAAUCUUCAAGUGUGGAAAAAUGAAGCAAACACCGAAAUAGUAACCAGUGGACCUAUUCUAUCAAUGAGACAUCCUUCUUUAGCUAUUGAGUGCAAGAGCGGCUGCAAUGGAGAGGAUUUAGCUGUACUCUCGGUUUCAGAAAACGGUGUAGCUUAUAUCUGGAACAUGAAGAACUCAUCUGAAGGAAAUAUAGUUCCAGCUAAGAUAAAAGUUGAAGCUGGUGAAUCUGAAACCGACCCAAAUGUUAGCGGAAAAAAGAAACGCCAUACUUCUAUAUUAGCUGCUAGAUUGAGUUCUGUGGAUAGUGAUGACCGAGUAACGGGCGUUAUUGUUUAUGGCUCUAUAAACUCUCCACAGUUCACUUCGGUGGAUGUUACUAGCCCCGGGGAGGAUAUCGUCAUCGAUGCUAGAGCUGAUGUUCGAGAAAAUGGAGUUAACGAUGGAAAAGAUAAAAAAGAUGUAAGAGGCAAGAAACGAACUGCAUCCGAUGCAGACUCUGGGAAUGCAGUGGUAAAAUCGGAUAACGAUCACGGAGAUCCUAUGGAUGGAGUUCAAAUUGAUAACGAUAUUGAUGAGCCGACUAUGGGUGAGAAAUUGGCUAGCUUAAAUAUAACCAAAAAUGAAGGUGAAAGCGAAGAGAAAGCCGAGAGUUCUCCUGCAAAACCUCCUAGUGCAGACUCUGUUCAUGUACUGCUUAAACAAGCACUUCAUGCAGAUGAUCGGUCCCUUCUUCUUGAUUGCUUAUUUAGACAAGACGAGAAGGUUAUUAGAAACUCGGUUUACCUCUUGAAUCCAUCGGAGGUCUUCAAGCUUCUUGAGUCUCUCAUAUCUAUGAUCCAAUCCAGGGGUGCGGUUAUAGCGUGUGCUCUCCCAUGGCUUAAAAGCUUACUUCUUCAACAUUCUAGCAGCAUAAUGUCUCAAGAAUCAUCUUUAAUUGCCCUCAACUCGUUGUAUCAGCUUAUCGAAUCUCGAAUUUCCACCUUCAAUCCUGCCCAUCAACUAUCUAGUUGCCUAGAUUUGCUUUACACCAAGACUCUCGAUGACGGAGUUGAUGAAGGAGAAGGGCCAUUGGAGCCGAUUAUUUUUGAAGAUGUGAGCGAUGAAGAUGAAGACGGGUCUGAAGAAGACGGUGAUAACAUGGAAACCGAUGAAGAAGAUAACGAAGAACUGGAAGCUGUUAGUAAUGUUAGUGAUCUUGAAGGAAGUGAUGGCAUGGCUGACUAAAAGUAACGGGUUUUGAACCUGUAUACAUGUAGGAACCUGAGUGGAACUGUUUCGUAUAAUUUAUGAGCUCAAAUGCGCUCAUAAAUGAUUUUUGAAUCUUGUAUUAAUCAUAUUUAUGGUAUUUUUGAUGUUUUUUCAUUAAAAUUGUUGUAUUAUCAGUUUUAGCAAAGAGAUGUGACCAAGUUAGUGGUUGAUAUAUGUUCAGAUUUUGAUAUUUAUGAAAUGCUUCUUUAAUUUUAAAUAAAACAUUUUGAUAUUCAAGGUUCGAGAU